AGGUGUCAAUCGAGAACUAUGCGAUGCGAACGACAAUCUAUGCGCAGUAUUGGAACGCAACGCCGAUGUGGUGGAGAGAACUUCCGGAAUCCGUGAGGCCACCACCGCGUCCGCACUUCUACAUUCUAGUUUCAAACAAUUCUUGCAGCAGUAUCAAUCGCAUACGGAUAAAUUAAACGGUUCCGGCUUACGGAUGGCCCACCUGGAACGCACCGCCUCCAUUCAGUCGGAUGCAACCGACUUUACAGCGGCAGAGCCUUUGGGACCAGCAUUUCGCUCGACGCCCAACGAAUUCUUCCGACGAAAGAGUAGUGUGCAGCGUGCACAAUUUGGCACCAUGUGGCAAAUGGAAGCAAAUACCGUUACGGCAGGGAACAGCGGAGACUCGUUUCACGAAGAUAGUGGACUUUCGAGCCUCCGGGACGCACCUGAAGUUGAGUCAGAGGUCGAGUUGGAGUCUAACAUCGGAUCACCGUACUCCCAUAAAAUGACUGACAACUCAGCAGAACUAAUGAAGAAAGCGAGACGUUCCACACAUCGACAAGCAAGUGUAGCCGAAGUCUCAGCUUGUGAGCAAGACCCACACGCCGUCAGCGUUAGCAUGCACGGAGCCCCGGUAGAACGACGCAUGGUAUCACAAGCGGGCUCAACGGGUCAGCCAAAGACGUACGGUCCUGUGGCUUCUAAAGCAGCCCCAGUGGAUGAGAAACUUCGCAUCUUCCGCGUGAUGUUGGCUGGAGACUCGGCAGUGGGGAAAACAAGCCUGCUUCUUCGUCUUUGUGACAAUGCAUUCAACGGGAAAACAGUUUCGACCAUAGGGAUCGAUAUGAAAAUGCGUCGCAUAACGGUCGACGGGCGAUCGACGGUGUUACAGUUGUGGGAUACGGCAGGUCAGGAAAGAUUUCGCAGUAUCUCCGCGAGCUUCUAUCGAAAAGCCGAUGGCAUCUUAUUGGUGUACGACUGCACCUCUGAGGCAUCCUUUCUGAACACCAGGGAAUGGCUGAGUACAAUACAGGAAAAUGCCGGAAAGGAAGUGCCGGUGGCAAUAGUAGCCAACAAGAUCGACCUACGUGAGCGGCACGAACAACUGGGCUCGCGAUGUGUGAGCUAUGAGGCUGGACGGAAACUGGCCCAAGAAAUCGGAGCACUCUUCUUUGAAACGAGCGCUGUCACUGGAGCGAAUGUGAAUGAAUGCGCAACGGAGCUAACCAGGCUACUUUGCGCCCAAGAGGAUUACAAUCUGCGGAGGCCACAAUUGAAAUUCAACGCUACAAUCAAACCCCGAAAUAACAAUUGUUGUAACACCUGAAACAUCUCAAGCCUUUAUCUAUCGAAGCAUUAUUAUCGGCUUUAUAUAUCACAAUCCAUUUCCCUCAUCCACCUAAUAUUCGACUCGGCUGUCAUUUCGAGCCAACAGAUUAUCCCAAGAUCUAUUCACACCGUACUCUUUUGGACACUGCAUCUAUCAUUGUCCGUUAUUUCGCUACUUGAGAUGUUUAAAUAGACGUAAC